AUGCUGAUCCUCGCCGGGACGGCCGCCGCGGCCGUGGCGGGCCGCCCUGGGGGCUGCGACCUGGCCGUGUCGCGGCUCGUGCGCGAGUCUCUGGAGCGGGAGGUGCGGUCGGCGACGGGGUCCCAGGGCUACGAAUGGCCAGCGGGCUGCCCGUUCCACCCGAGCCAGGACGGCGCCACCUGCCUCGCAGACUACUGCGACAUGUUCGGCGUGUGCAACAGCCAGGCGCCGGAUGCCUGCUACCCGGCGCACAUUGCCUCGGAGCGCAGGCAGUGCGACGCCGCGGUGGCGCGCUGCUUCCCUCUCGGCGACGCGGCGGCGCGCUCGCUCCACGUGAGGUUCUCCCGCAGCUGGUGCCAGGUGCUGCACUGCGGGGCGCGGGACGAGUGGCACAGGAGUCACGAGGAGGGCCACGCCUCCCUGCCAGCCGUCGUGGCUGGCGUGCUCAUCGCCGGCGCCUGCGCUUUCGCCUGCGUCUUGCAGCACGUCGAGCGCACCGGCCCCGCGUGCCGGGUGGUGCUGCCGGCGGAGCCAGCCGGCCUCACGCUCCUCGGCGUGCGCAGGCGCUUCGGGGUCGCUUCGCGCUCCGACAAGAGGUGCAAGGACUCCGCCGAGCCGCUCGCGGCCUACGCAGCGAGCCCGGGGCCGCUGCUGCCCGAGCUCGGGGGGCGGCUGGUGCUCGCGGUGCACCACUACCAGUGGAGCGGUCCGGGGCGCUUCCUGCCGAACUGGUCGGUGCCGCGCCGCUGGGGCUGGGCUCUGCGGCUGCUGCGGUUCCUCGGCGCGGUCUCGAAGGACAACUACGGGGACAUGGACAGAGAGCGCCUGCGGGAGCAGCUCCAGAGCGAGUGGGGGGACAUCCUGGACUCCGGCACCUGCCCGGUGGCAAAGACGACCACCGGCCACGAGGCCUGGGCAAGCAGGCCCGGAAAGAAGCGGCCAGGACAGUGGCCGCAAUGCAAAGGGCAAAGGACAAAGGCAAAGGACAAGGUCUGGGUCAGCGAGUUCGGUGCGGACCUCUCCAAUCCAGAGGAGGUGGGCUGGCUUCGGGACUUCACCAGCCUGCUGGCUGAGAAGGACGUGGACUGGGCCUACUGGCCCCUCAACGUGGGGCCGAAGCCUGGCUGUGGGGAGGACGAGGCCUACGGGGUGCUGGACGCGAGGUGGAGGCCUAAGAUGCUGGACCUCGUCACCCUCCUCUCCGCGGUCGGCCUGCAGGAGGAGCUCGCGGAGAGCCGCAAGGCGAGCCCCGUGAUCACCGCCGCCGAGAGCAGCACGACGAGCUUCGUCGAGGACGCCGCGGAGCAGAUCUCCCUCGCCCUCGAGUCGUUCGAGGGCGCGCUCUCCUCCGCCCUCGGCGCCGCGACGGGGUCCAGCUCGUCGGAGCCAGCGCCAGGGCCCGCGCCCUGCAAGACGGUGUGA